AUGUUCGCACGCGUCGCAACCUGCGCUGCCCUCCUCGGGGCUCACGGCGUUUUCGCCGAUACUGAGCCGCUGAUUGAAAUAGCGCUGGCUCCCCCUGUUGGAGGGUCUGCGGGCUUCGAAAACUUCGCGAAGCAAGAAGCCUCGAUGGAGGCAUCUGCUCUUCAGUCGCUGUCCGGAGCAUACCAAAGUGCCAUCGCCGCUGCCAAGCAGCAAAUCGAUGCGGCUAUCAAAGGUUCCUUUCUCCAGAAGAGAUCUGACGAGAUCUUUGUGCGCGUGCUUGAUGCGCCGGCACCUGCGAGCCUCGGACGAGCAGAAGCCAUGGAAGGCAUGCGACAGAAGAUGGAGAGUGCCUCUAUCGCGCAAGCCGUAAGUGAGUUCGAUAGCUUGACGAAGGUCGUGGUCGGUGAAUUGCGCAACGCUCUCCACAGCAGCUUCCUCCGCGGCGGUGAGAUUGGUGUCAAAGUUAAGGCAUCGGACAUCCCCUUCGCCAGCACCCUCGAUCUCUUGCGAGCACACGAGACGGGCCGCGACAUGUCAGAGGAAAAGUUGCAGUCGAAAGUUUUGGACAUGCAAAUCGCGUUUGUGAAGACGCUUAAUGGCAUGAUUGCCGCUGCUCUCGCCUAA